GGUCACGUGUCCGUGCUGGUGUCUCCUGGUCGCUGGUAACCUUCCCGCUUCCGCGCAGCGCGACCCGGAUAAAGCUACCCAGCCUGACCCCUGUAUGCCUGGUUGUGCGCCUCAGAAGCAGCAUGUCGGAUUACAGCGACCUGCCGUCUAAUGGAGUCGGCUCCGGGGGGAAAAAAGACGCGUUUGCAGACGCGGUGCAGCGAGCCCGACAGAUUGCAGCUAAAAUUGGUGGAGAUGUUCCCCCAGUGACAAACAAUGGAGGACCUGAAAGUUAUCCAUACCCGGCACAGAAGCGAUCCCUUGAAGAAGCAGAUGAACCUGAAGCCAAGAAGGUAGCAUCACAAAGUGAAAGAGACUCAGCAAUAUCUAUUGGAGCCCAACUAGUCGCUCUAUCCCAGCAAAGUGGUGUCAGGCCCUCUGCGAUGACGGAAGAAGUUAAGGUCCCGGAUAGCAUGGUUGGUCUUAUCAUUGGCAGAGGAGGUGAACAGAUCAACAAAAUACAACACGACUCCGGUUGCAAGGUCCAGAUUGCACAUGACAGUGCUGGUCUUCCAGAACGAAGUAUUUCUUUGACGGGGUCAGCAGAUGCCGUACAGAGAGCCAGGGCACUUAUAGAUGAAAUUGUCUCCAGGGGUCAUGAGUCAAGUAAUGGUCAGUCAGGUUCUAUGCAAGAGAUGAUCAUCCCUGCAGGCAAAGCUGGACUUAUAAUUGGUAAAGGAGGAGAAACCAUCAAACAGUUACAGGAACGAGCUGGAGUUAAAAUGAUUCUUAUUCAAGAUGGAUCACAGCCACCCAACGUAGAUAAACCUCUACGCAUUAUUGGAGACCCCUACAAAGUGCAGCAAGCAAAGGAAAUGGUUAAUGAGAUUCUCAGAGAAAGGGAUCAUGCUGGUUUUGGAGAAAGGUCUGAAUAUGGAUCAAGGAUGGGUGGAGGAGGUGGUGGUGGUGGAGGAGGCGGAGGCGGUGGUGGCGGCGGCGGCGGCGGAGGAGGUGGCAUUGAAAUAGCUGUGCCCCGACCGUCUGUGGGGGUUGUGAUUGGUCGCAGCGGGGAAAUGAUAAAGAAGAUCCAGAGUGAUGCUGGAGUCAAGAUACAGUUUAAACCUGAUGAUGGUACGGGUCCUGAAAAGAUUGCCCAUAUUAUGGGUCCACCAGACAAUUGUCAACAUGCUGCUUCAAUCAUCACUGACCUCCUACAGAGCAUCCGUGCCCGGGAGGAGGGUGGGCAAGGGGGCCCUCCAGGACCUGGCGGGUGGGGUAGAAGUCAAGGCAAUUGGGGUCCUCCAGGUGGAGAGAUGAGUUUCUCCAUUCCUGCUCACAAAUGUGGGCUAGUUAUUGGCAGAGGAGGCGAGAAUGUUAAAUCCAUUAACCAACAAACUGGUGCGUUUGUGGAGAUAUCCCGUCAGCCGCCACCAAACGGUGACCCAAACUUCAAACUGUUCACUAUCAGAGGUGCACCAGAACAGAUCGACCAUGCAAAGCAGCUAAUAGAAGAAAAGAUCGAGGGUCCAUUAUGUCCAGUGGGUGGUGGUGGUGGUCCUGGCCCUGGCCCUGGAGGGCCAAUGGAUCCUUACAAUCAUAACCCUUAUAAUGUAGGGCCUCCUGGUGGAGCUCCCCAUGGAGCUGCACCUGCUGGUCCCCAGUACGGUGCUCCAGGUUGGGGCAAUACUUAUCAACAGUGGCAAGCCCCAAAUCCUCAUGACCCAAAUAAAGCAGCAGCAGACCCAAAUGCAGCAUGGGCAGCCUAUUAUGCACAAUACUAUGGUCAACAACCAAACAGUGCCAUGGCAGCCCAGAAUUCAGGAGCCCCUGCAGCAGCUGCACCAGCACCAGGGGACCAGGGUCAAGCAGCACAGACCUCAGGGGGGCAACCAGAUUAUACUAAAGCUUGGGAGGAGUACUAUAAGAAGAUGGGCAUGACCCAGCCUGCUGGAGCAGCAGCCUCUGCUCCAGGCACAGGAGCCCCCACCGCAGCUGCAGCAGGCGGGGCUGCAGCUGGUGGCCAACAGGACUACAGUGCAGCCUGGGCCGAGUACUACAGACAGCAGGCAGCCUACUAUGGACAGGCAGGACAGGCUCCUGGACAAGCAGCUGCUCCACAACAGGGACAACAGCCCCAGUAAAUGGUUCGGUCUUUAGGAUGGAUGUAAUGGAUCUCUGGAUGCGUUUUUCCUUUUUUGGCUUUAACAAGACUAGAGCAUGGUUUACUCGCUCACUGAGAAAUUUUCUAUUCUAACCUUGGAUAUUUUUUUUUUUUUAUUUAUAUUUUUCCCCUCCCAAAGUCAAAAUUGAAAAAUGAAUGCCUUUUGUCCAUGCAUUAUAAAUAGCACUAAACACCUGCCCUGAUUACAAUUUGGUUUUCCACUUUACAUUACUGUACCAUACCUUGUAAUUCAUCUUAAUGUUUUUUUUUUUUUUUAAUAAUGUGAAAUAAGCUUAUUUGCUUGCAAGUUAGCACAACACCUCAACACUGACUCACAUCUAGAUUCCCCCUCAGCUUUUGAAGGGUUUAAAAAAAACAAACAUUUAGCAGUAUUUUGAAUAAUAAAUGAUAGGUUUGUAUGAAAGAUCUGUUUUUGUUUUUCUCCUUCACGUUUUGUCCGUAGUACCUUUUUAACUUUAUUUUUACAUUCAGUGUUUUUAAUUUGCAGGUGUAUUUUUUUUUUUUUUUUUUUUUUUUUUUUCUCCUGCUGUUGUGAUUUAGUAAUUUUAAUUUUAUUUUUCUUAAGGGGGUCUUGUGUGUCUGAUUACAGUUCAUCCUACUGAACAGAAAAAUAAUGGGCACGAACUGUCCUAUUGUGUGUAGGCUGGUUUGUGUGUGCUUGUAUGUUUGUGUGUUUGACUGCCCCAUUUCAUUUCCGUAUCUUUACUUUAUAAAUAUUUUUCUUCAAUGAGGUUCUGUUAAUGUAUGCCCUUUUUUAAAGUUAUUUUUUUACAGUUUGUUUUUAAAGACUUCAAUAAAAUCAUUCAUAUUACCUGUG